AAGUGACGCUAGCGGAUGUUGUGGAAGGUGAGCCAGGAGGCGGAAGCGAAGCUGACCCAGCGGAGUCCGGCCGCCAAGAUGGCGUCGACCGGGAAGCGGACUGUGAAGCAGGACGAGCUGCGCCGGCUCAUGAAGUCCGAGAAGCAGCGGCUGAGCGCCAGCCGCAAGCGGGUGGAGUCCCCCUUCGCCAAGUACAACCGUUUGGGGCAGCUGAGCUGCUCGCUGUGCGGCGUCCCCGUGAAAAGCGAGCUGCUGUGGCCCACCCACGUCCUGGGGAAGCAGCACAAGGAGAAGGUGGCGCUGCUCAAGGGGCCCAAGGAGUCAGGGCCAGGCCCCGCAGCACCAACACCACCAGCCAAGAGGAGCGGCCCCGAGCCGGAGGACCCGGCAGACACAAAGAGAGCGCGAGCAGGUGGGCCUCAAACCUCGGCCGCCCCUGGGCUGCCCGGGGAUUUCUUUGACUCUGGCACGAAGGAGGCGCCCCGGAAAGCUGCAGGGCUCAAUUUGCUCCCCGACUACGGAGAUGACGACGAGGACGAGGAGGAGGAGGGAGCGGAGCAGCCAAAGGCGAGCGAGGCCGGAGAAGCCCCCGCAGCCAGCGCACUGCCCCCCGACUUCUUUGACCAGAACGCCCCCACGGCCCCCCUCGUUUUCCACUCUGGCUCCAUCCAGAAGGCUGAGGGCCCCGAGAAGGUGGUGGAGCGGCGCGAAAACACGGCAGAGGCACUGCCUGAGGGUUUCUUCGAUGACCCCGAGAUCGAUGCCCGGGUGCGCAAAGUGGACGCGCCCAAGGACCAGAUGGACAAAGAAUGGGAUGAGUUUCAGAAGGCCAUGCGGCAGGUCAGCAGCGUGUCAGAGGCCAUCGUGGCCGAGGAGGAUGAGGAGGGGCGACUGGACCGGCAGAUCGGUGAGAUUGACGAGCAGAUCGAAUGCUACCGGCGCGUGGAGCUGCUGCGGGACCGGCAGGACAGGCUGCGGAGCCAGCUGCAGCAGGCGCUGCGCCGCCGGGGACCGCCGGGCAAAGAGGACGAGAAGCCGGGCAGCGAUGACGAGGGCGAGCUGCAGGACUUGCUGUCGCAGGACUGGAGGGUGAAGGGGGCCCUCCUGUAGCCCUGGGGAUCGUGGGCUCAAACUCAGCAGCAUAUUUUGUAUUGUAAAUGUUGUACAAAGUUAAAUAUAUUUGUUAUUGGACAUUUCUAAUA